GGAGGGUGAUAGGGGGGAGGCCAUGACGUAGGGUGGGUGGACGGAAGUGGGGCAGGCAGGGUUGAGGGUUAUUUAAAGAAGGUGGGGGGCGAGCGAAGGGGUUGGAAGCUAGUAUUCCCUACCCCUGCUCUAUCUAGCUCUUUCCAGUGCAGCCACUGCUGCCGCCCAGGAGCCUCCCUUCUCCCCUUCUUCGUCCCCCCUCAUCUUUCCCGCUCCAACGCCAUGGAGCCGGACACGGCCACAGAGGCAGCCACCGUGGCAGCCUCGGAGACCAGAGCCACAAUCGUGGUCAUAGAGGAUGAGCAGCCCGGGCCGUCCACCUUUAAGGAGGAGGGAGCGGCUGCCGCCGCCACGGAAGCCACCACCGCCACUGAGAAGGGCGAGAAGAAGAAGGAGAAAAUCACUUCUCCAUUUCAACUCAAACUUGCUGCUAAAGCUUCCAAGUCUGAAAAGGAAAUGGACCCAGAAUAUGAAGAGAAAAUGGUAAAUAUACCCUUGAAAGCAGACCGAGCAAAGAGAUUUGAGUUUUUACUGAAGCAGACAGAACUUUUUGCACAUUUUAUUCAACCUUCAGCACAGAAGUCUCCAACAUCUCCUCUCACCAUGAAAUUGGGGCGUCCUCGAGUAAAGAAAGAUGACAAGCAGAGCUUGAUUUCUGCUGGAGACUAUCGCCACAGGCGCACAGAACAAGAGGAAGAUGAAGAACUGCUGUCAGAGAGUAGGAAAACAUCUAAUGUGUGUGUUAGAUUUGAGGUUUCACCUUCCUAUGUGAAAGGAGGACCCCUGAGAGAUUAUCAGAUUCGAGGACUAAACUGGUUGAUCUCUUUGUAUGAAAAUGGAGUCAAUGGUAUUUUAGCUGAUGAAAUGGGUCUUGGGAAGACUUUACAAACCAUUGCUUUGCUUGGUUACCUGAAGCACUAUAGAAACAUUCCUGGACCCCACAUGGUUUUAGUUCCAAAGUCUACGUUACACAACUGGAUGAACGAAUUUAAACGAUGGGUUCCAUCUCUCCGUGUUAUUUGUUUUGUUGGAGACAAAGAUGUAAGAGCUGCUUUUAUUCGUGAUGAAAUGAUGCCAGGAGAGUGGGAUGUUUGUGUGACUUCUUAUGAGAUGGUAAUUAAAGAAAAAUCUGUGUUUAAAAAGUUUCAUUGGAGAUAUUUAGUCAUUGAUGAAGCUCACAGAAUAAAAAAUGAAAAAUCUAAGCUUUCAGAGAUUGUUCGUGAGUUCAAGUCCACUAAUCGCUUACUUCUAACUGGGACACCUUUGCAGAAUAACCUGCAUGAACUCUGGGCUUUACUUAACUUUCUAUUGCCAGAUGUCUUUAAUUCUGCAGACGACUUUGAUUCUUGGUUUGACACUAAAAAUUGCCUUGGUGAUCAAAAACUUGUGGAAAGACUCCAUGCAGUUUUAAAGCCAUUUUUGUUACGCCGUAUAAAAACUGAUGUAGAGAAGAGUCUGCCUCCCAAAAAGGAAAUAAAGAUUUACUUGGGACUGAGUAAAAUGCAACGAGAAUGGUAUACAAAAAUUCUGAUGAAAGAUAUUGAUGUUUUAAACUCUUCUGGCAAGAUGGACAAGAUGCGACUCUUGAAUAUUCUAAUGCAGCUCCGAAAGUGUUGUAAUCACCCUUAUCUAUUCGAUGGUGCAGAGCCUGGUCCACCUUAUACGACAGAUGAACACAUUGUCAGCAAUAGUGGUAAAAUGGUAGCUCUGGAUAAGCUAUUGGCAAGAAUUAAAGAACAAGGGUCAAGAGUUCUCAUUUUUAGCCAAAUGACUCGUCUGCUAGACAUUUUGGAGGAUUAUUGUAUGUGGCGUGGUUAUGAGUAUUGUCGACUGGAUGGACAAACUCCACAUGAAGAAAGAGAGGGAGCAAUAGAAGCCUUCAAUGCUCCUAAUAGCAGCAAAUUCAUCUUUAUGCUGAGUACAAGGGCUGGAGGUCUUGGAAUUAACUUGGCAAGUGCUGAUGUGGUUAUCUUAUAUGAUUCAGACUGGAAUCCACAGGUUGAUCUACAAGCUAUGGAUCGGGCGCAUCGCAUUGGUCAGAAGAAGCCAGUACGCGUCUUCCGUCUCAUUACUGACAACACAGUGGAAGAACGGAUUGUAGAGAGAGCUGAGAUCAAACUAAGACUUGAUUCAAUUGUUAUACAGCAAGGAAGACUCAUUGACCAACAGUCUAACAAACUGGCAAAAGAGGAAAUGGUACAGAUGAUACGCCAUGGGGCCACCCAUGUUUUUGCCUGUAAAGAAAGUGAGCUGACAGAUGAAGAUAUUACAACUAUUCUGGAAAGAGGAGAAAAGAAGACUGCAGAAAUGAAUGAACGCAUGCAGAAAAUGGGAGAAUCAUCUCUAAGAAAUUUUAGAAUGGACCUUGAACAAAGUUUGUACAAGUUUGAAGGAGAAGAUUAUAGAGAAAAACAGAAGCUUGGUGUGGUGGAAUGGAUUGAGCCUCCUAAACGAGAACGCAAGGCCAACUAUGCAGUGGAUGCCUACUUUAGAGAGGCUCUGCGUGUCAGUGAGCCAAAGAUCCCAAAGGCUCCUCGGCCUCCAAAACAGCCAAAUGUUCAGGAUUUUCAGUUUUUUCCACCACGCUUAUUUGAACUCCUGGAAAAGGAAAUUCUUUAUUAUCGGAAGACUAUAGGUUAUAAGGUUCCAAGAAAUCCUGAGAUCCCUAAUCCAGCUGUAGCUCAAAGAGAAGAGCAAAAAAAGAUCGACGGAGCUGAACCUCUUACUCCACAAGAGACUGAAGAGAAGGAUAAACUUCUUACACAAGGCUUCACAAACUGGACUAAACGAGAUUUUAACCAGUUUAUUAAAGCAAAUGAGAAGUAUGGGAGAGAUGACAUUGAUAAUAUAGCUCGAGAGGUAGAGGGCAAAUCCCCUGAGGAGGUCAUGGAGUAUUCAGCUGUGUUUUGGGAACGCUGCAAUGAAUUACAAGACAUUGAGAAAAUUAUGGCUCAAAUUGAACGUGGAGAAGCAAGAAUUCAGCGAAGGAUCAGUAUUAAGAAAGCAUUGGAUGCCAAAAUUGCAAGAUACAAGGCUCCAUUUCAUCAGUUGCGUAUUCAGUAUGGAACUAGUAAAGGAAAGAACUAUACUGAGGAAGAAGACAGAUUCUUGAUCUGCAUGUUACACAAAAUGGGCUUUGACAGAGAAAACGUGUAUGAAGAAUUAAGACAGUGUGUACGGAAUGCUCCCCAGUUUAGAUUUGACUGGUUUAUCAAGUCUAGAACUGCCAUGGAAUUCCAGAGACGUUGUAACACUUUAAUUUCAUUGAUUGAAAAAGAAAAUAUGGAAAUUGAGGAAAGAGAGAGAGCAGAAAAGAAGAAACGGGCAACUAAAACUCCAAUGGUAAAAUUUUCAGCAUUUUCCUAACUUUUAGUCACAGAAAAGAAAAGCAGAGUCAGCUACUGAGAGCUCUGGAAAGAAGGAUGUCAAGAAGGUGAAAUCCUAAAGCCUAGAAAUAAAGUUUUAAAUGGGAAACUGCUAUUUUCUUGUUCCCAUCUUCAAAUGCUAAUUACCAGUUCCAGUGUAUUCAUGGUACUCUAAGGAAAAAAAUCUCUUUGGUUUUGAUUUCUUGCAUAUUUUAUAUAUUUUACAAUACUUUCUACCUAAAAUGUGUAGCUUUCUAUUUUAUGCUUUCUAGUAUUUUGUGUACUGUAUUUUGUGCAUUUCAUGUCUUCAUCAAAUUCUUCUCAGUCCUUGUUUUUUUAAAGCUUGUGCUGAGGUUUUAGCUUUUCUAUGUUUUAUAUGCCGCUGCUUUGAAAGAGAACCUAGAUUCUAUAGUUGUAUUAUUGUUGUUUCCAACUUUAAAUUUAUAUGGCUGUGGAAAAAUGAAUUAAAGUGAUUUGAGGAGAAAGACCUUUUCACUUCUUUGUUGCUUUCUUUUCUAUUGAGUCUGGCUUGUAUGUGUUACUGCAUACUAUGAUUAGCAUAAUAAUUGUUUCUUUGAGGUCAUCUCAAUAUUUUUUUCCUAAAGAAAUAAAGGGUGAGAAAAGAAAGAUAUUAAAAAAGCCUAAUAUUUGAUACUGUGCUUGCUGUCAGUAUGCGUUACAUUUAAAUUAUUCUCUAAAUAUGCCAAGUGGGAAAAUAUAAUAAAGAAAUGCCUAUAAGAAAUGUAAUUAUUUCCUGUUUUUUGUGCAGUAGAAAGCAAUUGUAUUUACUGAAUUGUACUCCUCACUACUAUGUAUUUUGGUUGAAAGCUAAAACUUUGCUUGCUGAUUUGUGCACGAUCUUCGGUUCCAUAGAGCCAACACAGAGGACUCUAGGUGUAACACAUAGAUUUAGUUAAAACGAAAUGAAAAGAUGAUGAAAUGAGUGUUGUGCAUUGCAGAAAACAAGCUGUUUUCAUUAGGAAUACAUUUAUGCUCAGGUAGCAACCUCAGAGCAUAAGGAGUUUUGAACACCAACAAUUUGUUUCUUGCUCACAUUACAAAUCCCAUCUAGGUCAGAAAAAUAGUAUGGGAGGAAAUCUGCUCCAUACAGUCACUCAGGGGUCUACACUGACUGAAGUUCUGCCGUUUUAUAAUUUAACCGUCUAGGGCCUGAAGUAUUUUCAUCUGUCACUAUAGGAAUAGGAUAAGAGAAUGGAGAAUCUCAUACAGGUUCUUUACUGCUUUAGCCCAGAAGUGACACAUAUCACACCUACUUAGAUUACAUUGUCCCCAACUAGCCAGCCACAUGGCUCUGUGUAUUUCCAAGAGAAUAAGCAAAUGUAGAGGAACAAAUGGAAAUUCCUAAAUUAUUGCCUUCACUAACUUGGUCUAUGACCCCCAAAUUGCACUCUAGAGCUAUUAAGCUUCAAAUCAUAUUUUGGGAUUUUCUACUCAAGUGAGUUGAAAAGGUCCCAUCAGUCACUGGACCUGGAGAAAAACAAUACCUGGAAGAAAUUUACUGAUGCCCUCAAGUUUUCUCACUAGAGAAACACGUGGUUUUUUGGGGGUGUGUGUGAAGAGUUAAGAUGAAGGGUGGGAGCAUGCACAGUUGGAAAUUCAAGUCUUUACUUCUUAUCCUUUCUCUGUUUACUGGAAGUGGUUAAUGGCUGAGCUGUAUGUGGGAGAGAAUUAGCAGGUAAGUUCUUCAAGCUUUUUCAUGAGUCUCUUUUCCUUGAUGCAUAGCUUGACUCUUAAGGUUCUUUCUUGGACCAAAGAGUUGUACCAUCCAGCUCUCAAAGACUGUCAAUUAAAUAUUGAGAUGUCAUACUUAGAAGCUUGUGAAAUGGUUUUAUGUGAGAGCUGGAAACCACACACUAUAGAUGGUGAAACAUGUCUUUUGAAUGGAAAGAUAGGCAGUUGCAUUACCAAAUCUAGUCUUCUAAGAAGACCACCUAUACAGUGAUCAUGUGAUGAUGGCACAGUGUAAGUGAUGUCAUUUUGAGGGUACAAGAUGCCCUAAGUCUGACUGUGAGAUUCUUUUUGGUUGCCAAAUUUUUACAGAGAAAUUAAACUGUCAUAGAAGAUUAAAAAAUUCCAGGAAAGAAAUAACAUUUCAAACAAGAAAUCUAGAAUUAUGGGAUCAUAUCCCUAGAGCUGUCUGCCAUGCUGCAGAGAGAACAAACGAUAGACAGUUUAUCACAUCAGCUGCUUGAAGGCCAGAGGAAGAGGAUCAGAAUGCCACAUAAUUGUAUGGAAUUUUGUAAGAGCAUAAUGACUCUGCACUCUGCUCUCUAGCAACACCAUUCUAAUUGAUGGCACUGAAAUCUGGCCCAACCUGAUCCUCUGUUUGGAAAGUGUGCAACAGGGAAAUGGGGUAAAGAAACUGGGACUCUGAGGAGUAGCCUUCACUCAAACUGUAUUCAAUCUGUGUUGAAGAUAAGAGGUGAUUUGGCUUCUGAAUAACAGCAAGGAUUCUACAGAAUCCCUCAUAAAGUAUCCAUCUUAAUCUUGGGCCUUAAUUUCCUUAUAUUCAAAUGAUGGUGCUAUGUCAUCACCCUCUCAUUGUCACUAUUUGUAUCUCUUUGGUGCACAGUCUGAUUAUAUAAUUUUCUAUGAAAAAUGUUCACAAAAAUUUAUCCUUUGAGACCCUCUGUGUAAGACAGUUUACUGAGUAGAAUAUUUGUGGCUACAUUGCUUGCUAUUGAUAAAUGUUUUGGUUUGAAAAGCUUCUCAAUUGGUGGAAUU